AUGACUAAUCAGUUUAUACAUGGUACUAUUACUACUGACUCUAAUGACGCUUAUGCUGUCAUUGCUGUGUAUGCUAGUAACUCCCAUUCAGAGAGACAAAUUUUAUGGAAAAAUAUUCAAGAUUUGGCUGUGACCGUCAACACUCCCUGGGCUAUUUUGGGAGACUUUAACUGUUGUCGUGAGUUGGGGGAAAAGGAGGGAGGCACUGCCCUUUAUGUUACCAAGCUUGGAGAUUUUAAUAGCAUGAUUUUCAAUGCUGGAAUUCAUGACCUCUCAUCUGUUGGACACUUUUACACAUGGCACAACCAGCAAAUUUACAAUCCAAUCCAUAUUAAACUAGAUCGUGUUCUAGUUAAUGAUUAUUGGCUACACAAUUUCCCCAACUCUUACUAUAUCGUUGAAGAUCUCGAUUGCUCUGAUCACUCUUCUCUCAUUUUGGUUAAUUCAGAUGAUAACAAACGUGGGCACCGCUUCCUUUUCAAGAAUUAUUGUACCAAAUUUCCAGAUUUUUGGGGUUUCCUUAUGGAGGCUUUUUCUCUGCCCAACAAGAGUAGUCCUUUGAGCUCUUUCAACUUCAAGCUUAAGUCUCUAAAGAAUUCUAUGAAGCAUAAAAAAUGGACCAACUCUAAUCUCAUCCAAGUUCAAAUUGACACUCUCAAAGAUCUACAACAUUCCGUUCUUGCUCAAAUUCAAACCAACCCUCUGGAUCAUUACCUUAAUGGCAAACUACAUCAAAUCAACACUAACCUAGCUCACAAUCAAGCUGCUCUCUCUAGUUAG